UCUUGCAACUGUCACUAGUGAUCUCUCGUCCUGUCGACGAAAGCUGCAACCGCACUAAGCUACACGACUUUCCCGACUCUAUCUACUUCAUUGAGCUACCCAUAAACCUUUGAAUUCUAGCAAAUAUCGAAUGCAAUCGCCACAGAGAUGCCCAACUACGCGCGACAGAGUUCCUUGGACCUGGACGAGAUAUUCGGCCACUAUAUCAAGAACGACAGCAACGCCGCCAUGAUGAGAAACAUUCGUACCAAAGAGAGAAUGAGCAGCGCUCAUCACUGCGAGGAUAAGGAGUGUGGUGGUUGCCCAUCCAUGAGAUGUGUCAGCGCGCUGCACUUCUCUUGGUGUCUCGCACCCGUCAUAGAUGAGGAUAAGAAGUCAGACACAUACGACGAGGUCGUGAUCUGUGGGCAGCGCUUUCAGUGUAUCUCCCCCAAAGGAUGCGCCGUACAUCCAUACCUAGCGGGCUUCAACCUCGACAUCAAGAACGCGCGCAACAACUACCCAAAUAUCGAGGUCGAAUGGAAGGUUAUCUUCGAGUCAUUCAAGGCUGAGCACGAUGCAGCCGUGGCGGACAAGACGGUGGAGCAGAGGUUGUUGAAGAAGCAGGAAAAGAUGACCGAUCAUCAAAAGAAGCGCUACCAAAAGCUGCAAGACCAAGCCGCAUUCCAGAAAAGUCACGAGAAGGAGCUUGGUGUCGACCAAGAGGAUACUGCCUAG